GGGCGGGGUUAGAACAUUUGAAGUUUAGGUCUGGCUUGCAGCAGCGCUAGAGCAACAGGGAGAGGAGCGCCGUGCGGCUCCAGAUCUGACUGUCCGCUCCACCUCAGUCAGUCAGGGCGCGUUCACACAGCAUGUCCUUCAUUCUAGCAAAGAAAAAACGGUUCAAGUUUAAAAUUGACUUUGAUUUGGACGAAUUGUCGUCGGUCCCGUUUGUCAAUGGAGUUAUAUUUUGCAAAGUAAGACUUUUAGAUGGAGGCUUUGCUGAAGAGUCGUCUCGGCAACCUGUCCACGCCAAUUGUGUGCGCUGGAAGAAAAAGUUUUCUUUCUUGUGUAAAAUAAGCGCCAACGCUGGAACGGGGGUGCUGGACCCCUGUAUGUGCCGAGUAUCCGUUCGCAAGGAGAAGAAGGGUGGAAAAACUUUUGCAAAGAUGGGCUUUGCAGACCUAAACCUGUCAGAGUUUGCUGGAUCUGGCACCACGGUUCGGCGAUGUCUCCUCGAGGGCUAUGACACAAAAAACACCAGACAGGAUAACUCAAUUCUCAAGGUCAUCAUCACAACACAGCUUAUGUCUGGAGAUCCCUGCUUUAAAGCUCCACCAUCUAAAGCCAUGACUCUGGGAAUCCCACAGUCGGAGGCAGAGUUUCUCCUUGAGGAGACGAAAGGAGGAGUCAUUCAGAUAUCCCAUUCUGUUCCUGGAACACCAGGAAAGUCUGCAUCUGUCCCAGAAGAGCUUAUUACAAACGGUUACCCUAGAACACCCAGCUAUGCAAGUCAGCUGUCCAAAGUAUCAGGUUAUAGCUCUAAUAGAUCAAGUUCAACAGAUCUGAGUCAUCGACGAAGCGGUUCUGGAGGUUCUGCUUCUACGGGCAUUGGUAGCAUUGAGCCUGCCGAUCAGCAGGGGGAGGGCAGAGAGAAGGAGCGAAGGCCCACACCCCCACGCUCGGUUGGUCAGCAUCAAACCUGUGAAAAGCACCCAAACUCAGCCAAAACACCCAGGCGUAUAGUGAAGCAGGACUCGAUGGAGAAUCAGCUCCGGAGGGUGGAUGCCACAAGGAUUGACGCAGAUGACAUAAUCGAUAAAAUCCUGCAGGGCCAGGAUUUCAGCCACGGCUUCUUGGAUUCCAGCGCAGAGGAGGAGGGGCUCAGCUUGUUUGUUGGUCCUGGUGGAAGCACAGCUCUGGGAAGUCAGCACACGAGGGUUGCAACAGGAGCUUUUGAGCAGGUGGUGAUGAAGCGAUAGGUUUUAGGAAAAACUGACACCAAAGACCUGAAAUUUGCUUAAAGAAGGGGCCAAAAAGAUUCAGCGGUGGAUAUGCCCCCAAAACUCCACUCCUUUUUAAUUCAAGGAGAUAUUUUUCUUUUACGCAAUACCUCCUCAUAUGACCCUCAGCAUAUGUUGACCGUGACACCCCCCUUGUGGUCAGAAACUUGAAUGAAGCUUGUUACAGACUCAUGUUCAAACUCUCUUUAUUUGAACUCGGCUCAUGCAUUAAGCCACUGGAUUCAUUGCACUCAAUGAAGUUUUUCUCAUUUUUAAGUAUUCAAAUGUAUCUCAAGUCUGUAUAUUCACGGUGAUAUGAUUUUCUUUCACUGUAUGUUAUAAGCUAUGUUUUAUGUUCUGAAGAAAAUGUAACUAGUUAGAAUGUUUUUGUUUUUUUUUCUGCUGAAAGACAAUGUUGUAAGUGUCAAAAAUAAUUUAAAGAUGUCUUUUUUUUAAUGCAGACUGUUUUUUUUUUCUUUAGAACGGUUGACUUUCUAACUCGGUUUAAAAAAGAAGGUUAAUCAAUAUUAAAGCCAUCUUUAGACAGAAAAUCAAUAUUAAAUGAUAAAAUGAACAUUUCAGACAAAAUAUACAUUUAGUCAUUUUUUUUAAUAAAAUAAUUUAUCGUUUUAAUUAAAAAGUUUCCCUCUUUUUCAUCACUAGUUGCAUAAAAGUAUUUUUCAUUGGCAAAAAAAUGUUUUUAUGAAUUAUUAUUUUAAUUAAUCAUAAAAUAAAUCAAAACUUAUAUAAUAAAAUCCCACUGGAUUUUGUUAGUGAUACCCAGCCUUUAUCCUGCCGAAAUGUUUAAUAAAUAUUUCUAGACAAUAAAAAAAGACUCAGUAAUGGGGAGGAUUUUAAACACUGUUGUAUGUAAGCUCAUUCCAAAUAUAUAUUUUAUGAUCCCCUGUUGUUACUGUUGUAAUCUCGGUUUUUAUAAACAUGUGCCUCUUGCUGCUGA